CCCUUCACGCCUCCUACACGGCAAAAGCAAUGACAGAAGGAAGAGCUGUCAAAAACGUCUAGAUCCUGAUGACCUGUCCCUGAAUCCUUCCGGUGCCUCUCAGCAAUUGGAGGUAUUGUUUGAACUUCGAGAGAUUUAUGGUCAAGCAGGUUGAGUUGCCCUGCUCGGAGGGUGCCCAACAAAUCAGUGAAGGGGUUAUUGGAAUACAAUAGAAAACACUAUGCAUAACAAUGACGAGGAGGAUGAUUAUUGGGAUGAAUCGGUGCCAAAAGCUAAAAUGUCGUGGGACGAUCUGGACCAAAAGAAUCUUUUGGGUGCCACAGCUGAUUCAACGGGACGGCUGUAUCAGCAAUUAAAAACGUUUGAUUCUCUUUCUUUGCUUGAAUCAGGUCAAUCUACUGGAGGCCAGCACAGUGAGCCGGUUGUUCCACUGACCAGCUUAAUUUUGGAAGCAAAUAUUGAUUUAAUUGUUCGACUUGAAAGACCAGAUUUGACGGAAGUAAACAAAAAGUGCAGCGAGGAAACUUUGCUCGAGGAAAUGUUGCUGGGCCAUCAGGUAUCUCUUGAAAGUUGCAAAUCGCUGAGAGCCAAAGCAAAUUUGGUCCAGGGUGCAGUAAAUAGUGCCGACGGAGAAGUUAUUCUAAUGGUGGUUCUCCACGUCAUGAACACCCUUUCAAAAAAGCACGCAUACAAAUUGCUCAGUGAUCAUCCCGUAGCUGCCAAGAUUUUUGCCAAUUACCUUUCUGCCACCAAUCAGCACCAAAAUCUGAUCAAUUUAUUGGAGUCUAUAGGGAAGAUGAGAGAUAGUGCAAUUCUGCACUACCAUUUGGCAAAUUUGAACCAUUCCGCCAGUGCAUCAAGACAAGCACAGAAUAUUUUUUCCAUAAGCAGCAGUCACUUUAAUAGCGAAACAAGUGAUAAGCACCUGAAACGUCACAUGAAGUUAUUAGAGUUUUGUGGUACUUCAAGUUUGAGUUCAAGUACGACAUGUCACGAAUGGUUAAAAAAUGCUCUCACUAGCCAAACCCAAAAUUUAGAAAACCUCAGCCAUUCUGCCCUUUCAUUGGGCAUGACGGAAAAGAUUUUUCAAUGGAUCAGCCUUAAACAGUUUAUUUUGAAUGGGAAUUACAAGGAAAUCCAGAAAACAUUUAAAACGUCUUGGCUGAUGGGGAACAAACCAAAAUCGCACAUUCCUAUGGUGAAAUUGGUAAUGGAACUAGAAAAAUCCAAAGCGCCGAAAGAAGAGAUUUUAAAGUAUGUAGCCAUGGUUGAGGAUCCAAUGGAGCGAAGAAGUCUCGAAGCGAAAUUCUCAAGUUUGUGAUUUUCUAUUGUGAGAUUUGAACACGACUGACAACCUAUGAGUUACAAAAUAAUGUAAAUUAAUUUAAUUAAUUAGGUUCAAUGUCAAGUAAUUUUCAGCAUUUUUUUUUUUUAAUUAUUUUGGAAAAUCAUUAAAUUUUUUAUUAAAA